AUGGUCGAAGGUGGCCCUAAAUUUCCAAAGGCUCUACUCAUAUUCAGCUCUUCGUUUGUCCUCAAUUGGGUUCCCUUUAUUCCCUUUACAGCUGACAGGUACUUGGUACAGCAAACCAACUGUAUCUGGACCCGUGUUCUCUUUUUCCCCUGUGUUUGGACAGCUUCAUUUUAUCUAUUCCAAAAAUACUGUGGUCUUGGUGACUACCUCACCUUCACAACCCCUUUGAUCACUUGGCCUGAAUUUGGUUUAGCAGCGUCUCUCGGCGGUCGGUCAUUCCUUGACUUUUUGACCGCCCUCUUUGGCACAGUCUUGGUGGAGCUCCCUGAUUAUCCCUUUCAUCUUUUGAAAAGGGGACAGGAUACGGUCGCAGCAACGGAUUAUGAUGAUCAAGGAAAGCCAGUAUACAAAAAUACAUGCUCAUCGCUCUUGAAGCAUCCUGUCACUGCGUAUAUCUUGUUUAUGUUUGCUCUGUAUACUUAUAACGGUGCUCGCAAUAAUAUCCUACCAGGAUCCAUGUUCCAGGCCCCUCAAUCUGCCUAUAUCCCCAAAAGUGUACCUGUUAGCUGUGUAGUUAGUUACGGACAUGACGUACCUGAUAAAUUAAACUAUGACAUCUGGUUUAACAAAUCAGCCCAUACAGCAGAGGCCGGAUCUAAAUUAGUGCUGUGGUCUGAAGUUGCAGUUGUAGCAACUGAUGCAAAAGAGGAAUCUCUUUUAUUACAACGCGCAAAAGAGUUUGCCAUCAAGCACAAGGUCUACUUGGCUAUGACCUAUCACCUUCUUGGACCAGUCGAGAAGAACAAACUUGUCGUUUUUACCAAGGAAGGUGAUAUUGGGAUUGACUAUAAUAAAGCGCAUCCAGUUCCUACGGUGGAAAUGCAACCCCCUGGUGAACUCAUCAUUCCGUAUAUAGACACUGAAGAGUUUGGUAGAAUUGGUGUUUCUAUAUGCUUUGACAUGAAUUACCCAGAAUUUAUGCUUCAAGCAAGCAAAUUAAAUAUUGAUGUGAUGCUACAGCCUGCCUGGUCUUGGGGCCCUGUCACGAUUUAUCAUACUCAAUCAGAACGCCUGAGAGCCAUCGAAAACGGAUUCACCUUAUUCAGAUGCACCACGUAUGGACUCUCUGGUAUUUAUGGACCAACCUACAAUGUCGUUUACGAUCAAGUGGUAGCCACGUAUCCUGCAGAGUCUUACUUGUUUUACUUACCUAUCAGAAAACGAGUGGCUACACUUUAUGGAUAUAUUGGUGAUUCUUUUAGCUAUCUAACCGUUUUUAUUACCUUUACGGCAUUCAUUUUAUUUAUUCGUCAAAAGUACAAGUCUAAUCGACUGUCCAUCUAG